GUUGGUGAUUCAUUGUUUGUGACGCUGUCAAGCAACUUCUUGGCGAGUGGGGUACGGAGGAAGGCAUGGCUUGGUGAACUGUAUGUGCGCCUUCCUUCUUAACAUUCUACACGUAUCUACGGAGAUCAGUUCCACACUACGAGGAUAGAAACGCCUUGUCCCUGAUGGUAGCUCUUCGGCAUGCGACGGGGGGUACCGGGCGCUCAUAACGGCAGGACUCCUCUCUUUCAUUCUUCUCAAAAGCCUAACGUUUUUCUGGUUUCGUCAUGGAGGCUUCGCACUCGAUCUCCACCGAGGGAGAGGCGGUGUCCUCUCCUGCUUCUUCGGUAGCUGCCGGCGGUGUGUGUCCGUGUGAGCGUCCUGAAAAGCCUCUGCCGCUGCCCCCUCGCUUGGAAAUUGCACUGCAGAGUCUUCUGCACUGCCUUGAUAGAACAGCUAACGCAUGGCAAGUACAGCAGCUGUUUUUGUUUCAGCAGGAGCUAACGGCAUUUCACUCGUUUUUGCAAGAACAAGCCGGCGCGCUGGACGAGGAGUCGCGGCGUUUCUUGGAAGCAGGAGGAAUCAGCGACCGUGGGACUGUCGAGGCAGGCGAAGCGAAGCUUUCUUCUCGUCUUUUUUCUUUUCUGAUUCGCAUCGUUCUGCGUUCAAUUGUGAACAGGCCUCUGUUCGAAGAGGCCGCGUCUCCUGUCUCUCCUUGCUCAUCUCCUGCGUCAACUGCGACAGCACAGUCCUCUUCAAAGUGUUCUUCUUUCUUCGAUCAGGUUCGCCGCUUCUCUCUGCUCUUGCAUGUCACUGAGGAGCGCACGCUUCUAGCCAGCUACCCUCCUCUGCCGUCUCUGAAAGUCUCUGAGGAACCGGAAUCUUCUUCUUCGUCUUCCCAAGCGUCUCUCCAUACCCUGCUGCUCUCCGCACAAGCGUCUCUGAAGGCCAAGCGCGCAGCCAUAGAGCAACUCUUCUCCUUCCUCCAUGACUCCGAGCUUCAGUCCCUCCUUCUCACACCGUCCAUCCCAGAUCUCGCAGCGUUAAAUCUCUUGAAAAUUGAUGCGUCUGUCCGGGCUCUUCUACCCUCCCUGCGACGCACAGCUUCUGCACUGGCAGACGCCACUGCGAGAGAGGCGCUGCGUUCCUCUUCUGUCUCGGAAUCCUUCGCUUCUUCGAUGGCUAGACAGCGGACCGCCUCUCAAGAUCUUUCGGCUUCGAAAGAGCGAGGCGGCACAAGCGCAGAGAACGAGGACAUGGAAAAGGAAGAUAGACUUGCUGAGGACCUCUUGAUGUUGUGGACGUCUUCUCUUCGCCGCUUCCUCAAGACCUCGCUCGGGGUGUACGUACACUCGGACGCGGGGGACGAGCAGCAGCGUCUCGUUGACCUGGCGUUUGUCGGGUUGAGCCCAACCGAGUUCGCUCCGCGACUGCUCGAGCAGUUCCUCGCGCUCUGUGCUUCCGAAAAAUCUCCUGUUUUCCCUCCUUCUCUGUGUUCUCUUUCUUCUCUUUCCCCUGUUUCCUCUCCCCUCCGGUCUUGUCUCCCGCAAGACAUAACGCUGCCUGCGUUAGCUGGGGAAGAAGGCCAAGAGGCGCAUUCGCGCGGAGAGCAGACGACGCAGAAGCGACGACGCACAGAAGGCGGGAUUUCUGUCGGCGCGCAUGCAAGUCUCGAAGUCUUUCGUGAGGUUCUGCUGUGCUCCAGAGACUUUCUGACUUCGCUUUUCCACACCCUCGACAGCGCGUGGUCUGCCGCAGAAAACAAGUCUUGGCGGCUGCGAGACGAGGCUCGAACAGAGGAUGAGGAAGCGUUUUAUGUCGCCUUGGUGGAGGCCGCUUCUCUCUGUCCCUCCUUCUCAGCAUUCGUGGAAUGCAGCGAGAACAAGAGUCAAGAGAUAAGGAGCAACAAGAAGAGGCAGGGCCGCCCCAAGAGCGACGAAGGCGCGGACACUCCUCCGUUCCUUCCUUUCCACUUUAGCGGACCUGGAGAGGGUCACCCGAGCCUCGCCAACGUGCUCUUGUCACAGCGGGCCGAAGGAGCAAGUCUGCCCAACCUUCAGCAUCUCGUCUGCGGCCUCGUCGACCUCCUCCUCGCGCAUGCAGGGAGCGGUAUCGGUACAGCGCAGUGCCCUGCCUGCGGUGACACCAGGGCGUCGCGAGAGGCCAAAGAAGUUCGGACUCCUUUCUGCAUCUCCAACGCCCCGAGAGAGCCCCUCGAUGCUCACGGGGAAGCCCCCAGCGCGGCUGGAGUGUGUAUACACUCCACGGAACUGGCAGAGCCGAACUCACAGCCGGUUUCUACUUCUCUGUCAGACAGGAACCCAGAACGUGUGCAGAGAGAGGGAGGACCGACGCGAGAGCUGGGGAACAAGAGACGCGAGCGAGAAGCCACUGAAGAAAGGGAAACGACAGACCUAGAGUCUCUGCAGACGUGCAUUCCUUUGGCGUUUUCGCUCUGCGGUUCCUUCCUGAAGCUGCUUCGCUUCUGCGUGGAUCUUGGGUCGCCCCUGCCUCCUUCCUUCUCGCCGACGCUCGCGCGCUUUUCUGCCGCACCCGCCUUCUCCAAGGUUUCGGGCGUCGAAGGUUUCGUGGCGGAGGCGAUCUGGGCCUGUUUGCGUCGGUGCAUGCAGUUGGAGUGGCUCGCGACCCGCCUGUGGUCCUCGAACGCGGUCUGUACAUACACCCGAACGACGCGCCUCGCGCUGGGUUUCCGGUGCGCUCCGGUCCUCGUUUCCAUUGCAGUUCACUGCACCCAGCCGCGGUGGUUUCUCAUCGACGGCGAGGAGCUGCGAGACGAAGCAGUCGAAGAUCAGCUAGCGGAGCAGACGGCAGCGAACCCUUUUUCGCUCACAUCUCUCUUUGCCGCUAUGCAAACGGAUGAAGCCUUUCGCCGGGACGUCUUCGCUGUAUGCGCCUUCGAUCCGAAAUUCCGGUUUCUGCUGUAUCGUCUCCCUUACUCCCUCGCUCUGGGAGCUCUCGAAUUCCUCUCCGUGCAUGCGCCGAAAGAGGCGCGACGCAGGUGGCCGCUAUACGUACUCAUCGGCUCUGUCCGAGCUGCUGACGAAGACAAACAAGACGGUGCCUGGCUCGAAGCUGCUGUGGCUUCUGCGCUCGUGCAACAGGCGCCCUCUGCGCGGCCAUCUUCCUUUCUCUUCUACUCGAGCCGGCAAGGGAACGACGAAGCGAGCAAAGAACUGGACGCGUUCUCGGCAGCGACUCUCUACAAGGAGCUUCUCGCAGCAGCCUCAGAAUGUGAAGACUUCGUGCCUCAGCGCUUGGUUUUUCUGGGCCUCGCCCGAUCGCUGGCUGCAGGCCCCCGCGUGGCGAGUCCGAACACAACGCUUCAUCUUCAGCAGCAGCUUCGACACUUGCAGCUUCGGACCUUUCCUGCGUCUUCCCUCCUCGACGACGUCUCCCUCGACAUGCUCGCUGCAAAGAUGCAGUGUUGUCUCCUGGGCCGCUGUCGAGGUGUGAUGGACAAAGUGGAAGUUUUCGAGCAAGUCCUGUCGCUAGUGGAGAAGCGGCUCAACGAAGAUUUCGCAAAACGUCGAUUGUUCGCCGUUCGAACGCUUCGCGAACUCGCCCGUCUUCUGCCGUCAUUGCUGCUUUCAGAGGCGCUCAUGAGGCCUUCGUUUAUCAAGUUUUGGGCGUUGGUUUUCAAGGUCGACGCGGCUGUGUUUCUUUCUCUUUCGGAGGCGCUCGACUCUCCACAGAAGCGUCAGGAGCGAGAGAGAAGGCAGGCGACUCGCGAGGAGGUCUCUGCUUUCAGUGCCCCGGAUCUGGGACUUCUCUUGGAAACGCUCUUCUACGAAUUAAUCUGCCGAUACAGCCCCUGUCUCCUCGCGCUGCAGCCCAACGCCGCACCUCCUGAUGAGAACGCGUUCGCCGCGCUGCAGACGCUUCUGUCUACAGAAAAGGGAAGUUUCAUCUCUCCUUCUCUUCUGCCUGCGGAUCCAGGUGGAAGCGGGGGGUCCGCGGAGACCGGCGAGAAGCGAAGAGACAAAAAACUCGCUUUGCGAGACCUCCUUCUUCUUCUCCUCACCUUCUACGUCGAGAAACAACACGAAAUUGCGAGCGCGGCUCCCGUGCCCCUCUUCCAGCCAGUGUAGCUCACCAAGGUGCUCUCACAGCGCAUGUCUGAGACGCAUUCUUUUUCUGACAACGCAGGUGUUUUCUCGUGAAAACACAAAAGCAGAAGCCGUUCCUGGGGGCGUGUUUUACAACGAAUCGCGUUCAUCUCGUUCUGACGAUAACGCAGAAGCUUAAGCCUUUCCUACGAGAGUCUCUGAGACGGAAUUCUCUACAACCUUUUCCUGAUAGCGCUGAUCAAGCGGCAUUCCGGUCCAGACAAAUCCGUGCCGUGCAAGCUCUUGAUCUCUCUGCGUUGGACGAAAGGCUAAAAGUCUCGUUCGUCCUUCCUUGCGUGUUUUUCGUUUUCUGCCGUGUCUUGGCUGUUCAUGGUCCAGGAUUCAGUUUCCAAGUCUCUUGAUGUCCGUCUGUGCGAAAGGCCGAAUUCUCUUUUUAUCCGUGAAAAUGAAUUUGGUAAUAGAGACACAGAGGCGUUGGAGGGAAGUUGAGAAGAGAAAGCGGGAGACACUGACUACGGCUCCAACUGCGAGAUACAAACAACCAAGUUCUUCAUGACUGCCUACAUCGCCACCCCAGUGGACUGCUUAAGACAGCUACCAAUGCAAAACUUCAAUACGCAACGACAGUUUAUCAUGGUUUCACUUUUUCUCCUUCCCAAUGUUUGUCUGUACGGCAUCCCAGGUCGAUUGCCUGGCAUCACAACAGAAGUCAUAUUCAGUAUUCUAGGCAUUGUAAUGUGUCUGCUUAUCCGAUUUGCGGUAUACCAACGUGAACACACAGGAUUGUCGAAUAUAACGGUACGUGUAUUUAUAAAGACGAUCGUGCAGAUACGCAAAGAAUAACCCAUCCAGUGAAUACACUUCG